CCGGUUUACGCGUUAAAUCUGAUCUCCAAGAACAAUGCGGUAGUUGUACGAACAUCUAUCAUCUGAUUAACACAACUACGUGUUUACGUUGAUUUCAUCUGUGAACUCAUUCACACUCGCAGCGUUUGCCGCUAUUUGGUGCGUCCAAUUGCAAAGCAUUGUGUCGUGAACACAAAUCAUUCGGCACUUGCCAGUCUGCCGAUUUCCUGUGCCACCUGGGAGAGCUCAUGCCCUUACCAUUCCCACCAAUGACAAGGCCUGGUGCUGACACUUCCCUGACAAAUAUGGCUGGGGAUGUUUUCACCAAUGGCAGUGCUUACGAGGAAAUUGCCCAAAUUGGUACAGGUGCAUUUGGCACUGUGUACAAGGCGCGAGACCGCCAGAAUGAAGGACGUUUUGUUGCCCUGAAGAAAGUUCGUGUGUCGCUCAACGAGGAAGGCAUCCCGACCGGUACACUGCGUGAAAUCGGUCUCCUCCGUCAGCUGGACGCUGCACAGCACCCAAAUGUGGUGCGUCUGCUGGACAUCUGUCACGGCAACCGGCUAGAGCGAGAGCUGGUCCUCUUUCUCGUGUUCGAACACAUUGACCAGGACUUGGCGGGAUUCUUGGAGCGUUGCCCUGAGCCGGGCCUUGAGCCUGAUCUCAUUGCCUCGCUCCUCAAGCAGCUGCUGACGGGAGUGGAGUUCUUGCACUCACAUCGCAUUGUUCAUCGUGACCUGAAACCUCAGAAUGUCCUGGUCACUGCUCAGCGGCAGCUCAAGCUUGCCGACUUUGGAUUGGCUCGUCUCUACGAGCGGGAAAUGUCACUGACACCAGUUGUGGUGACGCUCUGGUAUCGUCCGCCCGAGGUUCUCCUUCAAGCAAACUACGGCUCGCCAGUGGAUCUUUGGAGCUGUGGUUGUAUCUUGGCUGAAAUGGCACGCCGCAAGCCUCUCUUUGGCGGUCGUUCCGAGCAGGACCAACUGACCAGGAUCUUGGACAUCAUGGGGCUUCCACCGGCGGAUGAGUGGCCAGCAGACGCUGCCGUUUCAAGGCAGACAUUCUCAAACUUCAGCUCUUGUGGAACUUCUUUGGAGCAAGCUGUGCCGCAGCUCGAAGGUCCCUUCAUGGAUUUGCUGCGCCAGAUGCUGCGUUUCUGCCCCCACCGCCGCAUCACGGCAAAGGCUGCUCUAGCACACCCAUGCUUGGCAGACGUUAUCACUGUGUCCUGAUAACGGUACUAUACAACACAACUGCAUUUGAGAGACAUCUGUAGCAUCGCAUGAACAGCGACUGUGGAAAGGUGAUUUUAAAGUUAUUCACAUUGCAACAUUUCAGUCACAAUAAGGUCCGUCUUUCCGGUUGCUUUUGUGAAUUUCACGUGGCAGCCUCUUCUAGAUGCCACAUGUUGCUUUUGAUAAAUUUCAAGCACUGAUUAUUUAGUGUUAUCUUUCUUUGUUUCUUUUAAUUCUAGUACGUAAGCUAGUUACAGCUUUGGUAUACUUGAAGUGCCUUGAAUAACAGUAUACCACCAUUUUAUGACAAAAUAUUGAAGAUGUGUAAACUUGGGAUAUGUUCACUAUCAGCAUUUGUGUUAAUCCCAUAACCAUGGCUUAAUGAAUAUAGGUAGCUCAUGUUCAUCUCCAUUUUGUAUUUCACUAGUGUCAAGCUUUUAUGGUAACGAGGUGAAUCUCUUUGCAUCAUCACUCAAGCCACUUUUACAUGACACAAUGUGUGUAUUUGAGUUUCAGCAUUGAGAAAAGAUUCACCUUGAUAGGAUGCUUCUCACUCAGAAAGUGGAGAUACUGUUCUGUAAGUGAGCCCUGUAUUAUACCUUGUAUAAGCACUGAUGGAAGACAACUCUACCUCAAAGGACAACUUAAGGUUCAGCUGUAGUCCUUGAGUCUAAUUUUUUCUUAUUCACUUGUGCCUUAAAUAAGUAUUGAUAUGCAAUGGCACAGACAACGAUAGCAGUGUCUGGCCUCAAUAUACUUUCAACAUACUUUGAAACUUCAAGGUAGCUCAUAUUAGUUUGGCUUUGCAGUUCUGUAUGAAUUAGCCACCUCAGAAAUUUUUUUGAUACGUCAGACCAGCACUUUUCUGCUGUUUUGCUAUUAAUUGUUCAGCUGCAAAAGUGCAAUAUCGUCAUCUGUCAGAAGCACAUUGAAGUGUGAUGCUAGCUUGCGAUAUAAUAAAAGGCCGCCUUUAAUCAUAACAUAUGCUCUUGUAAUGUGGUAUUAUCUCUUGAUGACUCCUUUUUCUGGCUUUGCAGCUCAGUUUCUCGUCAUCAGUAGGCAUUCAAUGUGAUAAAAAUGGCCUGUCCUAGCUGGAGCAACAAGGGACAGUUCGAACUCAAAUAUUUUGCGAAUGCAUGUGUUGGAGAAUGCUACUUGUGCAACCUGCAUGGCUUCGCAUUACAACUUUUCAGUCAUAAUAAGGUCCUUCCUUUCGGUUGCUUUUGUGAAUUUCACGUGGCAGCUUCUAGAUACCACAUGUUGCCUUUUGAUGAAUUUCAAGCACUGAUUAUUUAUGUUAUGGGUAGCAUAGGACAUUCCAGUUCCAGUCAAUGAGAAGUCUCAAUAGAGCUGUAAAGCAUCCUGUAUGUGUUGGGAAGCACACAUAUAUAUGUAUGACGGAAUCUUUUGCAUGACCUACUGAGUUACCUUGUUGUGACUGAAAAGUUGUAACUGUGAAGCCAUGCAGGUUGUAUAUGAGCUACCUAUAUUUCUAUGCUACCCAAUUGGUAUAGCAUUUUAUUUUGCGAGCCAACGGGUGUCAAUUUUAAGGGGCGCUGCAACACUUUUU